UGUCCCGAGCUAAAAGUCAAGCAGCAAAACAAAUUCACAGUUGACAAAAUUGCAAGUGAUGCGUAAAUAGACAAUUCUUAGGAAGUAGAAAGUAUACGACUUCGGAAUAUAUUUACAAAUAGAUAUAGAUAGUGUUUAUUAGAAUAUCGCAAAAUUAUUAUGCUCAAUCUAAGUCGUACAUUAACAUCUAUCAAUCCGUACGAGAUGCAGAGCCUAAGUGGCCGGCUCCUGAAUCGCCAAUGUCUUAAUCAGAAAGUCAAGGCUGUUGCUCAACAAUUGAAGUGGAACACUCAGCUCCACGAUUGCAAUGCAUUUCGCAACUGUUGGCAAUUUUAUGCCAAUGGCCAGAAGCCCGUUUCAUUUUUUGAGCAGCAGCGACGCAAGAUGGCAAAUCGUGGGUUUGUCGAUCGGAUCAAGAAUCAGAAGGCAGCCAAAUUUUUGCAGUUAUUUGCAACCGCCGAGUUUAAGGGCCAAGGCAAUGUCUAUGAUCAAAUGUACGAUGAGUUCGUGAGCUGUUUCAAAUGCCCACAGCCAGGCCCGUGCACAACUAAAAAAAUUAAACGUCAUCUUCCACGUAAAACAGCGAAAGUUGUAACAGCCGCAAGGCCUGCAACGCGAAAUGAGGGCAAGAAGUUGAAGCCAAUGUUUAAAAUAAAUCCAGCUCUUUUGCCCCAGCUAUCAAUGGAAAGUGCAUCGGAUAAGCGUAGAAUUCGCUUUAAAGAUGCUAAUAUUCGUACAAAACCAGGAAUAAUUUAUAAAAGUUGGAUUUCAACUGUGGGAACAUCUGCUGAUACUACAUCCAGAGAAGAUUCAGUUGAACUGGAAGCAAUUGUGAUACCGCGCGAGGAGUUACAACAGAAUGAAAAGCCCGAGAACUUAAAAACUGAUGCAAAACCCAACGAAUUACAACAAAGUGUAAAGCCCGAGGACCUAAAAACUAAUGUACAACCCAAAGAGUUACAACAAAAUGUAAAGGAAUUAAAACAUAAUAUACAACCCGAGGAAUUACAAAAUAAUGUUAAACCCAAGCAAUUAAAAUAUAAUGCAAAAAGCAAGAAAUUUAAACAUAAUAUAAGCCUCGAAGAGAAACUUCCGGAAAACCAAAUCCCAGAAAUACCAAAGCCAAUAGAACCCACAGGAAGCAAGGGAAGGGAUAUCGCAAGGAAAGAAGUAUCAGAUACCUCAGAGCAAGCACACCAAAGAACCCAAAAGGAGAUCGAAUUGGCUGAAAUAGCUCUGCUUGAAGAACAAGCAAGGAGACGACAAAGAAGAAUAACAAGAUCGCAUUCAGAGCCCAAUUUAAAAUCGAAGAGCUUUAAACAUCAUAAAUCCCAUGCCCAGAAAAAGAAAACCGCUGUAGGUUACCGAAGAACAGGUACUUCAAUUAUGUCUGGAAGUGAUACUAGUAUUCGUAGCACACAAAUCAGGCAUAUGAAGAAAUUUCAAAAAGAGGCCAGAUUAAAAGGUCUAUUCAAAUAUCGAUUGUCCAGUACACCAGUAAGAUACAGUUCACAUUCGAUUGCAUCGCGUAAGUCGUAUGGAAGAGCCUCAACCAUGUCCAGAUCCUCAGUCAGGUACAGAGGCUCAGCCAUGUCCACAUUCUCAGGCGCGCGCAGGACCACAUCUCCAGUUAUAGAUCCCGGCCAAGCACCAACCUCAGCCGCAGUCCCUGCCGCAUCCCCUGCCGCAGCCCAUGUCCCAAGACCUGCCCCAACCCCGCUGCUGAUCCCGCUUCCAAUAGUAAAUGGGCCAAUUAAGAAGAAAACGCAGAGAUCUUCUAUACCCUUAAUAAAGCCAACCAUCUACAUGACUAAAAAAAUCAAAAAAGUUACCGAAACGCCACUCGACACAGCACUGAAAACCAAACCUGCAAUUCCACACUUGAAAAAAUUUACUUCAGAUCCGUUACCGAAUGCCGAUAUGGCUUCCAAUAGUUCGAUUGAUUCACCAACACAACCAGCCGAAACAGAUUGGGCUGCUCUGAAGCUGCGUAAACUAUCGUCGUUUACUUAUGAUCCGUCGCACGAAAUAUUCGAGAACUUCUUACACAAAAAUCCACCGAUUGACGUUAAACAGCACGUUCAUGAUUUUAUGUCUAAGAAUAAUAUUAACUUUGAUAUGUUUCAAAAAUUUCCCAGAAACUGGCCACUUCCCUUUGAAUCGAAACUUGUACGACGCAUGCGCAGCGAAAAACGCAAAGGUUUCAGCUUGCCAAAAAUAUCCAGGAAAAUUAAGAAGACCGAAAAAAAAAGACGAAAGAGCGUACCUGAAAAGCCGAAACCGGAACCAGAACUUCUUAAGGUACCCAGCUGUGAGAUAUGUCGCAACUUCAAUCAGACCGAGCCCGAUCAACCGUAUAUGAUUGAAAUGAAAAAGCGAGAGGCUCGCGAAGAACUCAAGCGAUAUUAUAGACGAAAAUUAAUGGCACAGUCCUCAAAUUCACAAACGGUUCGAUGCGCUGCACCCGACAAUUUUCAUUUUAGUUCCCAGCCCGAUCCAAAUAUAAUGGAAAUGAAACUGCGAGAACUUCGCGAUGAACUCGAGAGCUAUAGACUGACAUUACCAACAGAAUCAUUAAAUUCACAAACGGCUCGAGACUGUACACCCGAGGAGCCAUACGUUCAUUUUAGUUCCAGGCCGGAACCAAAUAUGAUUGAAAUGAGAAAGCAACAGGUCCGCGACGAACUGAAGACACAUUACAGUCGGAGCUUAUCGACAUCAAGCUCACAAACGGCUAGCGGCAGCAGGCUCAAUCAGGCUCAAUCGUUGCGACCAUCACUGGUUCAUUUGAACUGCUAUCCAAAGCAGUUCCGAAAACACAAGGAAAAGCAAACAAUGCGGCAAAAACUGGUUGUGUGUUACAAGAUGCUAUGCGAUUGUGAAACGCUUUUAGAUAAUAAGUUAAAGCAGCUUCAUGAUCACGAGCGUUGUCUUUGAACUCUAAUCCGUACUGUGUUUGAACUAGUUCGUUAAGCAGAGCGAACUAGUUUAAGCACAGCACAGAUUAUUGGCUGAGAAACGCAGUAGUCUUUUUUUUUUAUAAAUUAAUUUUAUUUCCAGAAAGAAAAAUAAAAAUGAUUUUUUAAGUAUAUGUUAAGUUCUGACUUCCUAUUGCAGUUGAACUAACCAAAGCGAGGUUAAGUGUAGAUUAUUUAUUUAUGCCAAUCAAAAUGACAGGCAUUUGUGAACAACCUAUAAAUUUUAAAUUGCAAGUGCAACAACACCUGAUAGAUGAACGCAUUGCCGAGAUCGAAUAGUCUGAACGUUGCCGUCGAGAGCGAUCGCUUUGGUGCCCAGCCAUCGCUGUUGAAUCGGGAUUGUUUGGUCAAGAAAAUCGAGAUCUUAGCGCCCCUGAUCGAAAAACUACAUUGGAACAAUAACAAUGAAGUAUUUUGUGCCUAUUGGAGCUACUUGGCCGGCAGCUACAAGAAGCAUCAACAGGACAUACUCCAACGCAUCAAACAGAAUGCAGAGUUUUUGAAAAAUAUUGAAGAUAAACGGCCAGAAUCCUUUAUGAAAUUUCUGCUGCCCCGUAAAGGGCGGACUGGCAAUAAACUAAUUUUAAACGAUGUAUCCGCUAAAAAAGCUGAAAAUAUCAUCUAUGAGGAGUUUAUGGAAUGCUUUAAUCGUAAAGCAACCGUUACCACAGUAAAGCCUCGCAAACGACGAUCAGAGUCCUUGUUAUUGACUUGGAGACGCGAGAAAGUUGAGGCCAUAGAUGCGCUCAAAGCAACUAAAAAUCCAUACGAUAUCGAGCAAAUCCAGCAGAAAUUGAAGCGUUUAGAGCAGUUGGAGGAGCGACUGAAUCCAACUCAACCCUAUCCCGAGAGGCUGUAUAGGCAAAAGAAAAAGUACGAGCAGGUGCCACAGAUUCCACGCCCAACGAAUAACGGAAUUGAGUCUUUAAGGCCUCAAAAAUCUUCAAAUAGCAGAUAUAAAAGGAAACCUAAAAAAUAUAUAAGAAAGCUCUCUGACGAAGUAGAACAGGGCGAACAAAUACAAAAAGAUAUUGAAGUCUUAAGUAGACGCAAGUCUAAAGAUAAAUAUCGAAGAAAAACACACGAACACGAAAUUGAUAAGCCAACCUUGAAGGAAAAUCAAAAGGAAGUGGAAAUUGUGGAAACGAAUAAUAUAUAUAUUAGCCACCCUUUGAAACAAACUAAUUAUCCUAGAAAGUCUAGUAAAGAAGAACAAGAGUCGAAAAAAUCCUCGCUUGAUAAACACUUGCAAGAAUCUAAUGAACAAAAUGAUGUCUCUCUUUUACCUAAUUUGCAAGUUACAUUCAAACCGAAAAAAAAACAUAAAAAAAAAAUGGAUGAAAGUGCAAAGUUGAAGAAACAUGAAGAGGAGCAGAAGGAAGAACAAACGGAAGAAAUACCCCCCGAUGAAAAUGUGUCCAAAAAGGACGAUGAAAUUGAAACUGCGCCAAAUCAGUUCGAAAUUAAGCGACCUAGAAAUAAUAUAUAUAUUAGCCACCCUUUGAAACAAACUAAUUAUCCUAGAAAGUCUAGUAAAGAAGAACAAGAGUCGAAAAAAUCCUCGCUUGAUAAACACUUGCAAGAAUCUAAUGAACAAAAUGAUGUCUCUCUUUUACCUAAUUUGCAAGUUACAUUCAAACCGAAAAAAAAACAUAAAAAAAAAAUGGAUGAAAGUGCAAA